ACGAUGAGUAAGCGCUAGUAAGCGCCCGUCGUCAUCGGACAGCUUGCCGCCCACCUUUCAAAUCAUUCAAUAUCAGCGUUACAGUAUGCACAGCGCGUUUAGAUAUUGAAUGGUAUACCAAAGUGCGAGUCAUAUCUCAUACAUGCGGGUGGUCUUAAGAGGCCUGCGAGGUGGCUAGUAGAUCCAACGACACUCGGCACUCACCUCGACACGCCGAAAGCCCCAGCGAAGCCUGCAGUACUUCAUUCGCAACCACCAUGGCACCUAUUAUAUUCUACGACUUAACGUCCAAGGUGGGACCUUGGUCGCCGUCGACGUGGAGAAUUCGCUACGCCCUCAACUUCAAAGGCCUCCCCUUCCGCACCGAAUGGGUCGAGUACCCCGACAUCGAGGCCAAAUGCAAGGAAAUAGGUGCCGAGCCCACCGGCACGCGCGACGGCAAGCCCCUCUACACCGUCCCCGUCAUCCAGGACCCAUCCACAGGCCGCGUCGUCAGCAACGGCCCGAAGAUCGCAAAGUACCUCGACGAGACGUAUCCGGAGACGCCGAAGCUCUUCCCCUCGGGAACAGAGGCCAAACAGACCGACGUCCUCACCCAGCUCAUCCAGGCCGCGGGGCCCUCGAUGCGGCCCCUCGUCGUGCCCAGUACGUUCGAUAUCCUGGACGACGUCGCCAAGCCAUACUUCCGCGAGACGCGGGAGAGGAUGUUCGGCUGCAAGCUGGAGGAAAUUGCAGCGAAGGGGGAGGCGAGAGAGGCGAGUCUGGAGAAGCUGCGCGGGGCGUUCGAGGUGUUUGUGGGGAGGCUGGAUGAGAGCGGGAAGGACACGCCCUACCUGCUUGGGGAGAAGGCGUGCUAUGCUGAUUUUGUCGUGGGGGCGAACUUGCAAUGGCUGAAAGCCUUGUUGGGCGAGGAGAGCGAUUUGUGGCAGAUGACCGCAAGGGUGGCGGAUGGGAGGCUGAUGAAGUAUCUCGAGGAUUUAGCCCCGUACGAGGGAGAAUGGCGGGCUUGAAGAGGAAAAUACAGCGAUGGCACUAUAGAAGUUUGGGGUGGAGAUAUUCUGGGGUCUCGAGUCCUCGCGCUCGCUCGCGACUGUCCUUCUCGAGCGAGAGGUGAUAGUCUAGCUUCGUUGGGGAUGGGGCACGUACUUCUCGUGUAGUCUACGAGCCUUCGAUGGUGGAUGGCACGAUCCAUGGGGGCCACGUCUACUCCAAAGACCUCGGACCAUUUAUUGGACUGUGUACCGCGCCAUAAUGGUGCACGUGAUGGUUU